GUGUACAUGUGUUAUGUAUAUGUUGGCGCCCUCUAUCGGUUUCAAUGUAUUUCCAUGCUCAAUUGAGAGAGUAAAAAAAACAAUGGCGAUGACAGUCAGUAUUUCAUGGCAUAUCGUUCAAGCGAAGUACGAGCAGUGCUUUAUUCCUGUUGUUUCAGUUGCCUGUAAAGGAUGCCUUCUGCCGCGAGUGUUAAAGUAGACAAACCACCAACUACCAACAUUUUAGCUAACAAUGCUGUCGCUGCUAAUAAAGAAGCGGCUGCACAAAGCGAAAAUGUUGACAAUAGUUCACCCGUACGACAAAUCUCUCUAAUAAUCGAGCAUAAAAUUCGAAAUUUGGAAAAACGCAAGAGCAAGCUUGAAUCAUAUCGGGAUUUGGAGAAAACCGGCAAGGAUUUGAGCGCUGACAAGAAAAUUGCUAUUUUGAAGUACGAUGAGGUGGCAAUGACACUUGAAUUUGCUCGAGAAUUUUCGAAGCAAAUCGAUAAAGUUAUCAUCUCAUCGGAAAAGGAUCUAAAAAAGAAGCAGAAAAAGGAUGAAUCACUUAAAAAGCAAAAUGAAACAUCGAAAAUCCGUGAAGUAUUAAUCAUUCAAGACAUUUUAAACGUGCUAAAGGACGAAUCGGUACGCAAUGAAUUUUUGGCUGGUACAAAUGGAGCCUGUAAGCUUGAGGAAAGCGACUUUGAGCUGCUCGAUUCAUUUGCAACAAAGAUUCUUCCGAAACGUUCAACCGAACCUGGCGGCAUAUCGUACAAAAACUCAUGCCAAAAAGCCGCUGACCUUCUUUCAUUGACUAUUGAUGGGAAGCAGAAAGAGUUUGAAGCAUCUACCACCUAUGCCAACGUCAAAGCCAUUUUGAAAAACAUCCAAAAGUCCGCUUACUUUGAGAAGCUCAACCAACCUCAACAGCCACCUGAAAAUAAUACCGAAUUGCAAGAUGAGAAUUCUUCUGAGCAAAGUGGUGACGUGAAAACCGAUGUUGAUGAAGUGAAUGCUGCCACCACUCCAGAAGAAGUAAUCGUCAAUGUCACAACUAAUGUGAAUAUUGAUGCUGCAACGGUGAACACCCAAGGUGAAAGCGGAACGGUUGAUUUUCAAGAAGCUCCAUGUGCAUCUGCUGUGCCUGUGCCGACAUUCACACCUCAACAACCGCACACUGUGUCACCACCUGGAAUCAAUGCACACUCUGCGCCACCAAAUCUCAAAACACUUCCUCAAGUUCCAGUGGCAGCCGGUGGUGGUUCGAUUCCAUUGUCGCAAGUUCCACCCAGUCAUCAAAUCCAUACUGGACAUGUUCAGCCGACAACUGUACGGGCCGUAGAGAGUGCAUAUUUCAAACAACAUCAGUAUAUUCAACAGAUGGCCCGUCCGUUAGCUGAAGUCUUGGGAACAGGAAAUUUCUUUUUCCUGCAGGAUUCGGAAUUAGAUUCUCCAGAAGUACCGAACAAUAUGACGCCACAUCAAAAUACGGAACGACCACCUGUUCACCACCAAAUUGGGCAACCACCUCAACAACCAACUCUAGAUUCCCUUCCGCAAUCCAACAUUAACCCAACCACUCAACUGCCACUGCAGCGACCUGAGGUUCCAACAACUCAACACCAAAUGCAUACCCAACCAUCGCAGGCACAUCAAAAUCAACAGGUAAAUGCGACCUAUUGGAAAUCCCCUGGGGUGAGUGGCAUCGAUACGAAAUCGGUUGGUGCAUCGGUUGUUGAAGCAAAAACAACUGGUGUCGCGGCCACAUUCAACAAUCAGUCAUUUCCAUUGAUCCACAAUCCACAGUCUUCGUUCGCAAAUGUUGUUCCACCAACGCCCCAACAGCAUCAUCCACAACAACAGGUACAUAUACCAGGAUUUGCAACCCCAAAUGCUCCGAUUCCGAUCCCAGCUCAACUGCCCACGUUGCAGCAAUCGGUUCCGCAGCAAACAACGUCGCCAAAUGCUAAUCAGAUGCUGGUGCAACAAUCUCAGCCAUUCGUAACGGCAUCGAAAUUUGUGAAUCAAACAACCCUUUCAACCCAUCAAAACAUUACCGAAAAUAACACACACGAUUUGCACGCUAACACUGCCGAUAUCAAAGAAAACGAGUGGAAAUCCGACGAUAUCCCGCAUGUUACAUCCAAACUGAACAACACCUCAUUGGACCACUCUCACAAAACGGACCUGAAAGCCACUAUUAGCAAUGGAAAUAAUGCUUGGCGCGACUCGUACACGACAGGCACGAACAAAAAUUCGCAGGAGAGCAACGAAUGGAACGGUGUGCCGAACGAAAAUGGACAAGAUGAUUCGAACACAUGGGCGGGAGGUAACUCAAACCAGCGGUACCAGUACCGUCAAGGUCCGGGAAAUUAUCGUUCAUCGGCAUCAAAAUCAUCAUUCUCCAAAAACGCUACAAGCAACUAUCGUGGUCGCUCGAAUGGUUCUUACAACAAUGGAAACAAUUCGGGAAAUGGAGUUGGAAAUUCGCGAGGUUCGACCAAUGGUAACGGCAGUUCCUCUUCAUUCUAUCGGAACAACGACAACAAUACGUUUUAUCAAAACGGAUCACGUACCGAUAAAUCGUCGGACAACAACAAAAGUGGAGGUGGCGCUGGCGGUGGCGGUUCAGAUGUAAAGAAUUUCUCAGCUAACAGAUACCGCGGCAAUCCGCAACGGAACAGCAACAAUGCGAAUAUCCAAAGUUCGAACAAUAAAAAGAAUUUCAAUUUCGUACGCUAAAAAUUCGCUUGCAAAAUGCUCGAGUGUCGUUCGAAAUAGGCAUCAAAUGGAAAGAGAAAAAACACCUAUCAAGUACACACAAACACAACAACAAGGCGAAUCCAAACAACAAAUGAAAAAACAAAAAAAAAACAAAAAAAUGAUCAUUAAAAUUCCAAAUUUUUAAUUCUCCAAUCAUCUUCUGAUUAUUGAUCACAUUGAAACAAAAGCAUCUCCACACACUUAAGAAAAAACAAAUAUGAAAAAAAUACACACAUAUAUUCGAAAUUUAUUUAAUAAAAAUUGCAAAAAAAACAAAUAGAACAAAA